GGCUCUAAUGCCGUUUAUAAGAGGACGCGGUGUAAUUGAAACAAAUCUCGCAUUCAACUAGAAGUUUGAAAGCAUAAUCAGAGAAUCCACAAACAUGCAACCCUUAACCAAAUCCCCCCGUGGCCGUCGCAGCCCCCCCGGCGACGACAUCGAGAAACAAAUGAUACAAGCACAAGCCGUCCCAGUACCCCAACGACCCCCCGAAGACCAACCCGCCGGCUACCCCCGACUCUCAGCACACAUCGCAGCCGACGACACCCAUCAAAUCUACCGCCGUUUCUCAACCCUCCGCACAAGAAUACUACUCUCCAAACAAGAUUCGCUAUCCGUCCUUGAGAAUAAACUUGAUAAGAUUGACCGGGCAGAGAAGUGUAAGGUGUUUUUGGAAAAUAGACGGAGAGAUCGGAAUCAGGAGAGGCAGAAUGUACUGUUGCAGAUUGAGGGGGAGUUGGCUGGAUAUGAUGAGCUUGUUGAGAGAAGUGCGCGGGUUGCGAGUUAUACGCAGGCUCGGAAAAGAGAUGUUGAAAGAUUGAAGAAAUGGGUUGAUGAGAAUGGUUGUAUAGCAAAAGAAGAGAGUCGGUAUCUUGGUCAAGGGAAGGAUUUGUUUACGUUUAGUUCGGAGGAUGAAGAUCCGUUGUCACGGCUUGAGCGGUCCGUGGAAGAUGCUUUGAUUCCGUUCUUCAAAACCUAUUACAAGAAACAAACUACCCAAGACACACCACCCAACGGCAACGUCUCCAUCCCAUCAAUAUUCCUCGCAAAACGAGUCGCCCGGGCAUCAAUGGCCGCAAUAGUGACAACCGCCCUUCUAUUACCCAUGCUCGUAUGCAACUUCCUGCCAAGUCCCACUGCGCGAGUGGCUAUUACUGCGAUCUCAGUUAUGGUCUUGAUAUCGAUGAUGUCAGGGUUUACGAAAGCGAGAAGCAUUGAGGUGCUUGCUGCGAGUGCUAUUUAUGCUACUGUUAUGAUGGUGCUAAUUACGAAUGGGUCGUGAUGAGAUAUAUAUGGAUCUUGACGCCGUUUUCCCACUGGCGAUAUAACAAAUCCCCAGAGGACUCUAGCCAAGAUGAGCACUGAGACAUAAGGCGUCAGCACAGGGCACGUCUGGUCUCCUUGGCUCCGGCAUUUCCUCCGUUCAUUCUUUUCCUAGUUCAGCGCUGGCGCUUGUAUAGUCACAGGCUUGGGCCAUGUCAUUCCCUUAUACAUUAUUUUCCUUUGUUUUAUUUUGAUGUCAUAUCAUUACUACUGCUAUAAUACUACUACUGCAUAUCAAAAUCUCAAUCUGUCUCACACAAUAAGAAGAUGCUAUAUUACGGAAGCGAAUCACGUGUCAAUUUCGGGAUUGAAAACGACCCCCGAAGCGGGACCA